CCCCAAUGGAUUGUCUUGCGCACCCCACUUUGGAGACCACUGGUCUAGAAUGUAAAGACACAGGCCUUGCCCCACGUUGCUUACAGUCCAAACUGAGAUGAAGACUCAGUCGCCUGCUUCUGCACAGCAGGUGUCAAUAGUGGGUUUAGCACCAGCAGCCUGACCCAGCUUCCUUUCCAGUCAAUGGGAGCCUUUCCAUUGAUUUCAAGGGGAGCUUCGUUGGGCCUCAGUUCAGCUGCACACAUUUUAGCUGCAAGUGCAGCCCAGGACAGACUGUGUUUAGCACCACUGCAGAAAACCAUGGUUAAAGUCUGCUGGGAGCAAAUCCCUGCCAUAGCUUGCUGAAAUGGUGCUGUACCCCAUUUGGCCAGGUCUACUCUCGACACUAAGCACAUGCAAAUGAGCCAGCGCUGAGUCCUUCUUAGUAUUGGGCGAUGUUUCUGGCAUAGGCCAGGCCAGCAAAAGGUCACAGAGGGUAAGAUGGGCCGGGAGGACAGUGAUGUACAAAGAAGGGGUUCUGCCUCUUGGGGGUGCAUUUUCCUGUGAAGAGUGGGGGGCAGAAGGUUGCUGCUUGGAUUUCUGGUUAUUACAUGUUUCUGUGUUUGAAAAACGAAUGGCAUAUUUUUCAUUGGUGGAUUAACAAUUAUAAUGAGUGCCUGCAAAAGAAGAAUUAAAAUUGUGUUUAUGCCCCUUUUUAUGGUGGAUAAAGUCCAGUAAGAACUUGUAGCAGUGCUGGUUUGUGAAAGUUUUGUUUGUCUCCUUGUUUUUACCUUAGCAGUAUCAAGAAUGGCACAUUGAGUCAUGUUGAGUCUUCUGGGUUUGUGGGAGGACUUGCUGGGAGUCUCAGAGACUUGGCCAGCAAACUCUCUCAGCCUUUACGAGAAGUAGUGAUGUUGAAUUUUAACAGAUGUAUUUUCUCCUAAGUGUGUACAGGCAUUUGAGUUAAAUAUGUAUAAAACAAAUGGAAAACAAGUUUUGAAAAAGACAGAUUAAAAAUUCUUUCCCAUCUCAAUUAAUCAUGUUUCUUUUCCUAAGGACUGUCAUGUCAUUAACCAGCAGCUCUCCAGUGGCCCAUCGAGCUUUCCAACAUAGACAAGAGCUGGAUUUCUAAUGUUAAAAGAAAGCAGUGAAGAACACUUCAAAAAUCCUUUUGGGCCUCAUUUUUGUGUCAUAAGCAACACAGGGUAUUGAGCGGCAGCAUUCGGAAUGAACUGGAGAAGUGUGAGGUCAGAGAACAGAAGGUACAGGCAAUCCUCGACUUUACGACGUUCGACUUACAAUGAACGGCACUUACAAUGCUUCUGAAUUGACACCCUGAUUCGACUUACGACAAUUGGUUUCAACUUUACAAUGCUCGGUCCCUCAAAGGGGUGGACUGCAGUUCCGAGUUACGAUGUUUCAACUUACAACGCAAUUUUCAGGAACCAUUUGUUCCAUAAGUCCAAGACUGCCUGUAUACAGUACUGAAGCCAGGAAUAGAUAAAUACUUGACCAUCAAAUUGUUUUUUUGCUUCCACUCUGUAGCAGCCCCAUCUGAUCACAGUUGCACUGCAACAGUUAAGAACAUACGAACGGCCAUACUGGAUCAGACAGAUCAGUGGUCCAUCUAGCCCAGUAUCCUGUCUUCCGACAGUAGUCAAUGCCAGGUGCUUCAGCAGGACUGAACAGAACAGGGCAAUUGUCAAGUGAUCCAUCCCCUGUCAUCCAGCCCCAGCUUCUGGCAACAGAGGCUAAAAUUGUCUCUGUCAAAGAAGCUGCAGGAUUCAAGGAGAAACUGACAUGUUUAAAAUCACUCCUUUGAUCCAAACUGAAGAAAAUUGAACCCAAGAACAAAAAAUAAAAAUGGCAGAAUUUACAGGUUAUAAGGAGACUUCAAAUCGCCACCUUCGAUUCAAGUUACAGAGCUUUGGCCGUCGUCUUGAUGAACUGGAAGAAGCAACAAAAAAUCUCCAGAAAGCAGAGGAUGAGCUUCUUGACCUUCAGGACAAGGUUAUCCAGGCAGAAGGCAGCAAUUCUAGCAUGCUGGCUGACGUAGAAGCUCUGAGAAAAAGAGUGCUGAAAAUUGAAGGCAAGGAUGAAGAAAUAAAAAAAGCUGAAGAGCUCUGUCAGUUGAUGAAGGAAAAACUGGAGGAGGAGGAAAGUCUCACUCAAGAACUUAAAUCAGAAAUUGAACAGCUUCAGAAGAGAAUGGCAGAACUGGAAAAACUGGAGGAAGCUUUCGGCAGGAGCAAGAAUGAUUGUACUCAGCUGUGUCUGAGCCUUAAUGAAGAAAAAAAUUUGACCAAAAAAAUAUCUACAGAGUUGGAAAUACUUAGGAUGAAAGUAAAAGAACUUGAAGCAUCUGAAGACAGACUGGAUAAAACUGAACAUAGUUUAGUAAGUGAGUUAGAAAAGCUGAAAUCUUUAACACUGAGCUUUGCUAGUGAAAGAAAACACUUCAAUGAAAGAGAAAAGCAGAAUGAAAAAUUAAUCCAGGAGCUAACACAAAAACUAGAACAAAACAACAAACUAAAUAGGGCAGAUCAAACUAGAAAUGCAUCAAACCUGCUAGAAAGAUCAUCAAAUAGUCUUCUGGAUAGAAAUGACCUGAGAAUUGAAGAUGACUUGACCUCUGCAUUGCCCUCUAAAGAAACCAGAAGAAAGGGAAGCUUGGAUUACCUAAAGCAUGUAGAAAAUGAAACCAGAAAUAAAUCAGAAAAUCAAAAGAAUAAAAAUCAAGAAGACAACAAAGUGAAAGAUCUCAACCAAGAAAUUGAGAAACUUAAAACUCAAAUUAAACAUUUUGAAUCUUUAGAAGAAGAACUUAAAAAAAUGAAAGCCAAAAAUAAUGACCUGCAAGAUAGUUAUCUGAGUGAACAGAAUAAAAACAAGCUCCUGACUGGUCAAUUGGAAGAAAUUAAAAUUCAAAUAAAGAAACAAAAGGAUAUGGAGAAUGGUGAGGUGGAAAGUGAAGAAAUGAGCUUCCCCAGCAGAAUUAGACAUGACAGACCUAAAUACAGAGGUAUCACAGCUGAGCCGGCAAUUUCAAAACACAAGUCACGGGAGCUUUCACCUCAACAUAGACGAGAAAGGACACGGAACAGAGAAUUCUCUUCCAAUAAUGACAGUUAUACCACAAGUAGCAAGCAAGUUCCCAGUCCAAGUUUAAUUACUAGGAGAACAGUAAAGGCAUCUAGUACAUCUGCUCUACUAGACACUGUGAUUACUGAUACAAAAAGAAUGGAAGACAAAUCAGCAGUUGCUACAUAUUUAUCUAUGCAGAAAGAUAGUGGUGCUCCACAAAAUGAAGUGAAGAAAUCGAGAGAGCAGCCAUCUGUGCUGAGUCGAUACCCACCGGCUGCACAUGAGCACAAAUCUUGGAAAGCAUCUUCCAAACCUGGGAAUGAAAGUGGACUGAAGACCAAAGUUGAAAAGCCAUCUCAAAUAUUUAGUGAUGUUUGCCAAGGUAACUCUGAUGAAAAAUCAAGCAAAGGAGAAAUGACUGUAUCUUUGACUGAAAAGAUGAAAACAAGCCAAGCAGAGAUGUCUGAUCUAUGUGUAGAGAUACCCUUUAUGAAAAGUAACCAUGCACCAUCCAAUGAAACAGCUUCAUCAUAUAGAAACCAUAUCUCUUCUCAGAUGUUAGCAGCUGAAUCCACCAGCUCUAAAGCAGAAGCAGCAACAGUCUCUGUUUUAUCUCACAGACAGUCCCCAGAAGGGAAAUCUAAACGAACAAUAAACUCCCAAGAAAGAGAAUUUACAGACACUUUUCAUGAAAAUACAAAGCCUCCAACUUUAAUAAAGUAUUCAAACAGCUCAAGAAGUCAAGAAGACAUCUUACAGAUUCUCACAAUUCAAGGUAAGGAAGGAAUGGACCAAUCUGCACCAUCAGUUACAGGUCAGACAAAUGUUGGCAUAAAAUCUGACUCUUUGAGAUCCAAAGCCAUCAAACCAGCUAGCCAUGAAAAACUUAGUACAGAUGAGGAGAUUGGUAAAAGCACCAAUGCUGCCACUGAAUCAGAACUGGAGACGAGAAAGAAACCCAGUUCCAGAGAAUUCUCAAGCUCCAGAGGAGUUCUCAGAGCAUCUCUCUUUGAAAAUGAUAAAAAUACUGGAAAUGAAGAUGACCCCCCCAAAUCCAUAAAGACAUCUGCAGAUGCCGCCAGCGUAGGAUUGAAAUCCAGAAGGUCAUUCAGCCCUAGAGAAGCUUUGAGAUCAAAAGCCAUCAUUAAACCUGUAAUAAUUGAAAAGGACAUGAAAGAAGUAAUGGGAGGGGCUGGGUCUGAGGAAUACUCUCAAAAACAGAAAUCUCUCUUUAAAACUGUGACAAAUAAAAUGACAAGCAGCAUAACAAUCUUCCCCUCUGAGCCAGCCAACACAAGGACCAACACAAAUGAAGCCGCAAAGGAAAGACAUACUUCUACCAGCAAUAUUCGAGUCACUCCAAAUGAGCUAUCAACCAUAACAAACAACAUCAGCACACCCUUUGAUAUCUCAAUUAAUAAGAGUGAUGCUGCUCUGAAAUUAUCUGAGGCAGAUAAAAUUGGGGAUUUAGCUCUGAGAAACAGGACGGAAACACUAAUCUCAAGAAGCAGUAUUAUGAUAAAACCUUCUGAACUCAUUGAGAAGAACAAUUGUGAGCCAUCCUUAGAAUCAAUCCACUGGAAAAGCCAUGGGUCUUUAGAAGCAGAUUCACCAGAGACAAAACACAUCACUCUGAGAAGUUCUUGGAGGACAAGGCGGGGAUUACAAUCUUUGGAAGACUCUCAGAUCAAAGUGGAAAAAAAUACAGCUUCAACUCGUACAAAGGCAUGCAAGUCAUCUACAGACCUCUCUGAAACAGAAGGGGCCAAUGCAAGAAUACAUUUACUUGAGCAGAAUUCAAGAAAGUCCAGGGCCACUAUUAAUUCUUGGAAUACCCCUGAAUUAGAAUUCCGAAGGACCCAAAGUAGCUUGAGUGCAUCUGAGCUAUCUACUCGAAGGAGCUACGUCCAUGAUCCUAUCACUGCUUCUACUUGGAAUCGCAUGACAUUAACAGAGGAAAGCAAAGAUUUUGUUCCCAGUUCCAGAAGAAAACAAUAUGGCUCUUCUGAGCAGCUGUCCCAGGCUGAGACUUCAGAGAAAAGGCCAACCUCCCAGAUGGAGCUGCAGCAGCGCCCUGGAACCAGUCCCCAUGCACAGCUGGGCUGCAAGACAGAGGACCAGGGCAUUUCCCGCUCCUCCCGGAUGACCUCUAGGAGAUGAACUUCUUUCCUUUCGCCAAACGAACACUCCAUUUCGUGGGGCAAGAGCCAAGGCUGUUACCAGCUGCAUGGGUGUCAUUCCUGCCUUGUAAACGCAACGAAGCCUUCAGCUAGCCUGGAAUCUGUUUUCUAAUGUGAUUUGUGUGGGACAGAAGAUUAACGAGCACAUUUUCCUUCUCUGCCAGGAAGGUGGCUGCAGAGACUUCUCUCAGGGGAACCCACUUCUCAUCUCUGGUCUGAGACUGGAUUUGUCUCCACAGGAAUAUAGGUCUGUAUCAGUAUGGAAACUCCUCUGGGUCUGUGGCCACUGCAUCUAUAGUCUGCUAUGGUACUUGCAGUACAAAAGAGAACCCUACAUUAACCACUGUAAUUUAUAAAGAACACUAGAGCUACCCCAAUAGCCACAAUGCAACUUGCUCUUACAGCUGCUGAGCACAUCUGGAUUUUCAAAAGGAACCGAGUCCUUCCAAGUCUGAAAGUUUUCAGUGUCAUGGUGAAAGUUUGCAUUAUUCUUAAUCUGCCUCUGCUAUUGCUCAGUCAAAACACCUUGCACCAGGAAAGCACAUGAGUUCCCAGAUCUCUUCAGCCACAUGAAGGAGGAACGCAUUCACCCCAGGUCACAUCCAUGUGUAGAGAACAUUGCUUAGAGAGCUUCUUCACCAGGAUUCCUGCCACAGGCCUGGCAUGCCUUGCCACCCCAUUCCUCCUUGGCCAGAGAUUUGAUAAUACAAGGCUGUUUACUGAGCCAAGCAAAACAGCAAUGAACGCUUCCCUCAGCUUGGACCUGGCUGCCUUUCAGCCAGAGCUCUGUGCUCCCACUGCCCCUCCCACCCCCCUCUCCCGCCCUAGCUGCCAUGCACUGAGGUUCAUGAGUGGAGCUUUGCACCUUGCACUCGAAGGCAGAACCCUCCUCUCCAAGAGGCACAAAUGAGCAUUGAGCUAAGUUGGGAUUGAUAUGCUCAGGCCAUUCUCCAGCCUUGCCAGGAGCCAUCCUGUGUCUCCCUUCUGGCCAGGGGCUGCUCUACCUUCUCCCCACUACCCCUCUGGAUAGGGGCUUUUCCUUGCCCCUCCCUAUUACCACUGGACAGGGGCUAUUCCACGAACCUCCCAUCAUGCUUCAGGACAGGGUGAUUGCCUGAACCUUCCUGUCUCCCCUCUGGCCAUGCUGGGAGCCAUUCCACCCUGACUCCAUUGCACUGGCUAUUAGUGCUGCAUGACACCCACCCUGCACAGUGGCGGGGGGGCGGGGGAGGGAUGCUACAUGGCUCCCAGCCCAGUCAGUGCCGUGAUCUCAUAGUCUGUUUGCUCUCAGGGAAGGCAGUUUGCAUGUGAACCACAGAUGGGUACAGAGCUCUCAUGAUCCCAUAGACAACCCCAUCCCUGUCCCAUCUUCCCAUCACCAACUCACAUAUAGAAACAGCUGCUCUUUCCCCCAGACCUCUCCUUUAGCCAUCAGGAAUGGCUGCCCCUCCCCAUAGGAGAUCACUAGUGGGCCCAGCCAAUCCAGGGGCUGGGGUUAGGGAGGGAGGCUGGAGCAAUAAUAGGAGAAAAGAAGAGGAGCCUACUGAGCCCUUAUCUUCUGCACCCACCUAGCCCCCAUGCACUGUCACUGGGAGGCACUGCACUCUGGGCCAGGGAGGAAGGAGUCCCUGUCGGGUCCCAGGAAACAACAUUGCCUUCCCCUCAUGCUUGCCACUGGGUCUCCCCAGCACCUGGAAUCCAUGGAGGAGCUCAGCCUGGGAGGCUGCUGGGUAAGGCCCAGCUCACUCAGAGCCCCUGUGCUUGGCCUGUCCAGUGAAAUGUGAGGGGAGGAUUCAUUGCCUGACAUUCAUGCCCUCAGCCCCACACCAGGAGAGCUGAACUCAUUUUGUGGCUGACUCCUGCCCAUGCUGCAACCUCGUAUGGUAAGGACAGCAGAGCCAGACAUGCCCCAAUGACAGGAGUGUCCUGAGCCUACGUCGUUGUGGCCAAGAGAGGGGUGAUCUGCUCCCAGAACAAACCACUUACUACGGGACAACAUCUCAGGGCGGGGGAGCAGCCUGCCGCAGAUACACCUUGUGUAGCACAUCAAUUCCCCUUGGGGCCCACUGCUCCAGUCCCUCUACGCCAUCUGCUGGGCAAAGGGAGUUCUGCAGAUUCCUCAGCCUAAGCUUUGAGGCAGCUGCAGUAGGCUCUUCGCCCUCUGCUGGUAGGACACCCUUGCACAUAACAGUUUCCUCCCCACCCUCUCAUGGCCACCACGAACCUCCGCUGAAAGGGAACGAGGCUGGAACUCGGUGUUUGUUGACAGUGUUAAUGCUCCACACAAUUGCCAUGUUUGUCUCUUCCACGGGUGUGGGGGCAGGGUUUAGCUUUCACUUGCCUUCUUUCCUUUUAAGCUGGGCACAUCCUGUCCCACCACACCUGUAAGCAGCAGUGCUCUGAACACUCUGUACCAUCACUGGACCCAAAUUCCCCAUGUACCACACAGGAGGCAGCACUUGGUGAGCAGUAAGGAAGAAGUGCUCCCCAGGCCAGCUGCUGGACUGGCAGCAAAGGGUCAUGGCUGGUUUCAUUCUCCUGGGAAGGGUGAUUGCACUUGUGUAUUAACUCCGCUCUAAGCAUAGUCAAAGUCACAGUACAAGGUUUUCUUUGUAUGCUGAUAAUAGACCAAUCCUUCCUCUUUACGUCUUCCCCCCUUACUUUCCCAAGGUUCAUGGCUAAAAUUUUCAACAGUGCUGAAGUCACUUCAAAGCCUAAAUCCCACUGCUGUCACUGGACCUCAUCUCAGCAGUGAGUUGGGCCAUGUCAUCUGUGGUAAAUGGCUCCCUGGGCACCAGCAGCAUGUGAGCCCCUCCUGCAAAGGCUUGUUCUGCUGCCAUUGUGCCUCUAUCCCAGUCCAUGCACUAGCUUGCUGCUGGCUGAGCCUGCCCCUCUGUGCAGGGUUCGGGUCGCUCUCUGAGCCUUGCCACUCAUGCAGGGAACUAGCUGAACCAUUCCCGUGGCCACCAAGGGGCAUUAGCCCGCUGUAGCUGAGCCCAGCCUUGGUGAAAGUGUCUGUGCUGUGGCUGUUCCCCUGCUGGACAGCCCUUCUCAGUGCCCUCGAGGGUCACACACCCAGCAUAGACUCUGUGGUUCCUUCCAAGCCUUUCCUCAUUCAGGCACUGCCUCAGCUGAAUACAGUGUUGCCACAGGCUCUUUUCAAGGCAUUCAUUUCACUCCUUAUUGGGGCAGCUUUGAGGUCAUCAGAUGCCAGGCUUGUGCCCAUAAGUCCCUGCCUUGUCCUCUAGCCCUCACAGCCUCUCUCUCCGAGAUGCUGCGCAGCAAAAAGUCAUUUUGGCCUUGAUUCAAUGAAACUCCUAAGUAUGUGCAUAACUUUCAGCCCAAGUACAGUCCCACUGACUUUAGAAUGAAAGCUACACACAUGCAUAGAUGAUUUGCUGGAUCAGGGCCUUGGGCAAACCCAGCCAGCAGAGUCUGCAGUGAUCUCUGGCCUCGCCAUUCCUCAGGCCACAUCUUAAUGACCCUAUGUGUCCUGAGGGGGGAAUGUGCUACAUGCACCAUCACUCCAGCUCCCUUCAGUCUGCACAGAACCUGGGCGGGAGGCCUCAUGUUGCUAAUUAGGCAGAGUUCACACAGCCCCUCUGUCUGGUCCCAUUGAAGCCAGAGGGGGUGUUGCCAGACAUGUCACUGAGAGCAGGAAUGGGGCCAUGCUAACUUAGAAGCAGUCAUCCAAGCACUGGACAGUGCCCUUCCUCAGUCUGCUUGCAAACAGGAACUCCCCAUUUGGACAGCCAUAAAACUCAAGCCCCACUGUCAGCACAGGGAGGCAGCCCACCUCCCCUGCCUUUAAACAUAUUUCUGAAAUUCAGGUCAAAUGCGACCACUGCCCUUUCCAUUUGACGGCCUUGUCACCAGAACCAAGGACGAAUGCAGUGAGCCUCAGUGUUAACUCUGAAUGGUGCCAGCUCCCAUCAGAGCCUGUCCACACCUGGCAUCAGCAGCCUUUCAGCAGUGGACUAGGAGCACUGGAGUGUUCAGUGCCACUUCUACUCUCCACAGGAGGGUCCUUUGGAAGACACACAGUGGAUCGAGGACUGUCUCCUUACUCCUGGGGCCCAGAGAGAUGAGCAGAUAAGAACUUGUCUUCAGUUAUCCUGGCCAGUAAUUUGGACUGUUCAUUCACUACUUUAAGUCAUAUUAUUUGGAUUCCUGUUCUUGAACAGAAACAAUCUCGCUACCAUUUCACUGGUUGUAAAUAAUGAAUGUAAAUGUCAGUCAGUAACUAGGUUGUGGGUUAUCUUCUUAACAAAUCUGAGAUUAACUCUGAGCGAGAAAUCCUCAUUGAAACCUAACGGGGACAUAUCCCCUAAACCUGAGUGCAAUAGGAGCUGAUUGUAUUAUUAAACUAAUAUUAAUGAUUUCAGGAAACAUUACAUUUUACUCAAAUUGCACACUUUUGAGAACAGCUGUAAAAUAGAGUAAAUAUUUGUAAAUAUUGUCAGCACUGGGGAAAUGUUUGUAAUUGUAGCAUAUGAAUAUGGUGGGGUUUCCAUGGACUUGAUAAUGCUGAAAUGUGAAUCAGACAUUCAGAGAAUUCCAAAGUUGUAACUGUAUUUGCUGCCUGUUGGAGUAUGUAACUGUUGUUCUCGUCUCCCAAGAAGCACUUGAAGAAAAAUCCAACCCUUUAUAUGCAGACCACACCUCCCAGCUAGGUUUUGGAAAAACUGGUAUUUACUGAAGGGGUUUUCACACUGCCAUGGACAGCCUCUGGCCGGGCCUGCUUCAGGCACCUCUUGGACUAGGUGGUUCAAGAGUAGCUCCCUUCACUUCCCUCAUGUCUGGAAAUGAAACUGCAGCCAUCCCUGGGGAUGCAUUGAGCAAGGUAUGGCCCCUCCAGUGGCUCUGGAAAUUCAGGUGUCUGAAUAUCUGAUGUUCUUUGCUGUCUCUGUCCAUCAGUAGUGGGAAUUGUCAGAUACCAGCUCAUUAGACAUGACGGGGCAACAGGAGGGCUAUGAUGCUGAAGAUAUUCAGAAAAGCAAGGAAAACACAAGGAAUAGGGUGCAGGUGGCUCCCAUGGGUGUUUGGGGGGAAGGAUUUACAGAGAGUGAAGAAAUAGUUACACUAGUGUCCACCUUUAAUAGAACUAGCCACACUCACCUCACCCAUGUGCAUAAAGACCAUUUACUGCGCAAGAGGUGAAGAGUGAUGUAGCUGCUUUGUAGGGCAUACAACACAAGGGCUCAUCUAACUCUUCCUUGAUUAUUUCACUGUGCAUUGGGGAGGCACCUUUGCCUUGCUGCCAUUCAGCACCUGAGCACUCCAGCCAGUGUGGAAUGUAUUUUUAAGAGACUAAAUACAUUUUUUGUAUUUGUGGAUGUUUGAUUGGGGAACUGGGUCCAGUCAUCGUGUUACAGGCAGAUAGGAAACCAGGUCUCUUUUCCUUUUCAAAUAUUCCUGCUAAGUUAUGUGAGUCCAAUUCAAGUCAAUUCUUUUCUGAGGUUCUAUCAUUCACAGUUCCCCUCUACUCCAGACAAGAGAGCUACCAAGAGAGCUACCAGCACUGUCCUGACUCUCACAAAACUCAUGUAAGCAUGUUCAGUAGGGGAAAGCCUGCUCCUUCCUCUCCACACUGCUUAAAGAUGGUGCUCACCUCCUACCAGUUAUAUAGCGCUCCUAGUCUGCAUGCCAAGUUUAAACACAGUUUAUCUGCAUGUAUCUCCUGACUAAUGCUAUCAGCUCUACAGUAUGUAAUCAAUAAAAUUAUCCCUUUGUA